AAAUUGAAAAAUCAUUAUUAGCCGUUUCUUUAGAUUUUCUUUAUGAUUUGUUUUGGUUUCCUAUAAAAAACUAUAUCAAUCCGUUCAACAUUUUCCCCAUUCUGUUUAACGACGAUGGCCUCUGUGGAGAUGGAAAACCAGUUACCAAGUGCAAUUCCCUUGCCCAUCCCGAGGGAUCAGCUGAAGGAUAUCGUGGAGAAGGCCAAGGACUGGGCCCUGAUGCACGGGGCAGCCAUGAGACCAAAGAAUAAUUACAAUCCUGACACGUUGAGCUUUGCCCCAUUCAUCCUGACACCAUCUGCGUUCCCUCGGAAGGAAUUCGAGAGGGCUGUCCAGAUACAGACCACCUUGAAUGAGCUGAUGCACAAGGUCGCACAUAAUCGACAGUUCCUGACGCACUGCUUGAAGGAUACAGUGCAGGCUGAUGAGUUCACCGGGAAUUUGUUUAAGAUUUAUGAGACUGUUCACGAUGAGGGCAUCACACAGCCAAUAUCCCUCGGUUUGCUUCGGUCUGAUUUGAUGUUGGAAUCGCGUUGCACGACGCCGGGGAAGAGCUGUAGGCGUCGAAGUCCUUACUGCUGCUGGAAGCAGGUGGAAUUCAAUUGUAUAGCCUCCGGGUUUGGUUGGCUCGGUCCCGCAUCGGCUAUCAUCCAGAGGUAUGUCCUUCAGGAGUUAGGGUACAGGGAUAAACUGGUUAACUUGCCAGAAAAUGGGGCUCUUCAAGGACUGUGCGGCGGUAUGCUGGAGGCGUACAAAAUUUACGGGAAAGAGGAAGCGGUCAUCAUGUUCGUCGUCGAAGAUGUGACUUACAACAUCUGCGAUCAACGCUUCCACGAGUUCGAGAUUCGCAGGAUGAAUCCGGACGUGCGCGUCGUCAGGAAGACGUUGACGCAGAUCGCGCACGAGGGUAAAUUGGGCUCGGAAAACGAGUUGCUCGUAGAUAGGGACGAGGUGGCUGUGAUAUAUUUCCGUGCCGGAUACGAACCGGCCCACUAUCAUUCCAAGAAGGAAUGGGACGCCAGGUUGCUGAUGGAACGUUCGCAGGCGAUCAAAUGUCCAUCGAUUCAAUACCACUUGGCUGGCACGAAGAAGGUGCAGCAGGAGUUGGCGAAAGGCGGCACCGUCGAGAUGUUCUUGACCGAGGCCAGCAAGAUCGAAUCGGUGAAGGAAGUUUUCACUGGUUUGUACAGCUUGGAUUUCGAUGAAUUCGGAGAUCAGGGUGUCCAGAUGGCUUUGGAUUCACCCGAAAGAUUCGUUUUGAAACCGCAGAGAGAAGGCGGCGGAAACAACGUGUACGGUCAGAACGUGCGCGAGGCCGUGUACAAGAUGAAGGACAGCAAGGAGAGGACCGCUUGGAUCUUGAUGGAGCGAAUAAAUCCGCCCGUUUCGAAGAGUUACAUGAUCAGACCGGGCGGGCCGGAGGUUCCCGAACUGGUCGAUCUCGUCUCAGAGUUGGGAAUAUUCGGACUCAUCAUUGGGGAUUCAUCAAAAAUAUUCGCUAAUACGCAAGUGGGACAUAUGUUGAGGACAAAAAUAUCGACGGCCGACGAGGGCGGUGUCGCAGCUGGUUUGGGUGCACUGGACAGCCCUUAUCUAAUUGAUUAAUGAAAGAUGCACACGUCUUGUAAGAUGGAAGAAGGUGAUGGUGGUCGCACCGAAAUUGCUAUAUUUUUCAUAUAUAUAUACUGUUUUUUUUUUCUAUAGAAGCAUUUAAAAGUUGUUACUUUUUUAGAGAAACA